AUGACUUACCACUCUUUAGGCUCUAAAUUAUACCCUUACCCUUCAGAUGACUACGACUACAUUGGUAAUGAAAGUUGCACCGACUUUCAAACUGAUAACGAUUUUCUCUUUAAUAAGUCUCUAGCUUCUUCCAAUGAAAAGAAAAUGAAAAUCUGCAUUAGAAAUAGGGAGAAGAAGAGAGAGUUUCCUCCUCCUAUACCUUGCCUAGCUCAAACUCAAAACCUGGCUUCUCACGUGUCGUAUGUGUUGAAAAGAUACUACACUGACGAGGGAAGGUUGAUCAUUAUGGAAGAGAAAGUGAAACAUCAUGAGUAUUUUCAUGCACACAGGCAGAAUGAUAGACUCACGUUGCAGCUUGUUCCACUUGGUCACGAUGAUAACGAAGAUGACUGUUUCAUGGAAGUAGAUAAGCAACAAGAAAAAGUAGAAAAAGAAGAGGAUGAGAUUAACAAUGUUCCUAUGGAUCAAAGUGUUGUUUUGAGUGAUGAUUUUGAAGAAGAAAAUAUGGACAACACUCAAAAGAAUAUUGUUGUUGGUAAUAAUGAUGAUGAGGUUGCUGUUGAAGAUGAGAAUGAGAUAAUAGGGGGUGCAAAUAGUAAAGCAAAUUACUUAAUUUGUAACAACAGUGUGAUAUCGUCUUCUUCUGGUAUAUUUGGGGUACUUCCUCUUCAACUUAUUAGAACAGUUUGUGGUUGA